GCUUGAACUCAACAACAAGCCCUCUCAGGCUGGCCCAUCACAGCCAGUUGUUCUUUUCUCUUUCCUCUCCCUCUUUUUUUGGGAGUCCUUCUGUUUUUUCUCUCCCUCUGCCUGCAGUGUGAGUGGGUGUGUCGAUGCGGGCCAGUGUAGCCUAGUCGCUGCUUGUGCGCACUCUGAAAAAGAGGAAAAAGUUGAUGAUGAGUUUAGUGUGAAAGCGGCCCGCCUCGGAGCAGGCUAACCGUGCAGGAAUGGCAGUUUGGACCAGAGCGGAUAAAAACGGUCAACUGGACCUCCUGCUCCGCGACCGUUGGAUCCGAGUGGCCGCCGAGCUCACCCGAGAAACUCUGACUUUAACGGCCGAGGCGGAGGUAACCGGACAGGGGGGAAAUCAUUGGGACUACCACAACUCUCCGGCGGGCCUGCGGAAUGGCAUGUCGAACGGAAACGACCCGGGAGCGAGUCCGGGGAACCCCGGCCGCGGUCCGUCCUCGGGUCAGGACCAGAACCAUGGGGGAAGAGGGGGCAGCCGGGGUCAAUAUGACGCCAGCUACGGUCUAAACAGCCCCGGGAAGUACCCGAAUAACGGCACAAACUCUGACUUUGGAAGCCCCGGAUCCAGCUACGGGAGUCCCGGGUCCAGCUUCGGGUCAAGGCAAGGCGACAUGCCGGUCAGUCUGGACGGCUCCUCGGAGGCGGUGCGGAAAGUCCGGGUUGUCAAACAGGAGUCUGGCGGGCUGGGGAUCAGUAUUAAGGGGGGGCGCGAGAACCGGAUGCCCAUCCUCAUCUCAAAAAUCUUCCCGGGGCUCGCCGCCGAUCAGAGCCGGGCUCUCCGGGUGGGCGACGCGAUCCUGUCGGUGAACGGGAACGACCUCCGGGAGGCAACACACGACCUGGCGGUCCAGGCGCUUAAGAAGGCGGGGAAAGAAGUAACGUUGGAGGUGAAGUACAUCCGCGAGGUUUCUCCGCUCUUCAAGAAGCCGUCCCUGGUGGCUGACCUACCGUGGGACGGCGUCCGCCCGCAGUCACCCAGCUACAGUGGCAGCGAGGACUCCGGGUCGCCCAAACACAGCAGCUCCUCCUCCUCCAAAGACAGAAAGGUCAUAAGCCUGAAGAUGUGCUUCAUCAGCAGGAACCUCACCAUGCCAGAUCUGGAGAACAGACUUCUGGAGCUCCAUUCCCCAGAUGGCCAACACACGGUGGUGCUGCGCUCUAAAGACGGCCCCACCGCCAACUCCUGGUUCACUGCCGUCCACACCAACAUUGCCGCUCUGCUGCCACACACCCUCGCUCACAUCAACGCUUACCUAGGGGCCUCGUCUUCGACCUCCACACACCCCCAUCUUAAACACAUCGGCUGGUUGGCUGAACAGGUCCAGUUGGAAGGUGGACGGCAGCAGUACAAACCGGUGGUCAUGGCGCUGACAGAAAAGGACAUCCUGCUUUUCGAAUCGGUGCCGUGGAGCAGAGAGUCCUGGUCCAUGCCUCUGCUUACACACCCACUGCUAGCCACAAGACUGGUUCACUCUGGCAGCGCCCGCGGUUCUCCUGCGCAGGGUUCAGACCUAGUGUUCGCCACGCGGACGGGCACAGGACGGGGCAUCGAGUCCCACAUCUUUCGAGUGGAGACCCACUGGGAUCUGUCCUCGUGGACGCGGGCCCUCGUGCAGGGUGCACAUGCUGCCGCUGAGCUCAUCAAAGAAGUCUCCAUCGGUUGCACGUUGAACAGACAGGAUGUUCGACUGACACUGCAUUAUGAGAAGGGCUUCACUGUGACGAGGGAGCCGGCAGACCCUACGGGGGGCGCCGUGCUUUACAGAUACCCGUACGAGAAGCUCAAAAUGUCGGCCGAUGAUGGAAUACGCAACCUCUACCUUGACUUUGGGGGUCCAGAGGGAGAAAUGGUAUUUGACCUCCACUCUGGUCCAAAGCCGGUUGUGUUUGUCCUCCACUCCUUCCUGUCUGCCAAGCUCACUCGCAUGGGCCUGCUGACGUGAAACAACCAACAGCAGCAGCAGAGACGAGAGGACGGGCCCAGGCACGAUGAGGAGAGGGGGAAACACUCCCAAAAUGCGCAUACUGGUGGUUGAUUUGUAUUUUUUUCCAGUUCCUUCAUUCACAGCUAAAGCUGCAGGGAAGAUUUAACCCACAAGUCAUGUUGUCGAUUGUCUCAAAAUUGUGCCUUCGCUUCCAACCUCACCUUGUGAUCAUUUUUAUCGUGAGGUCAGGUGAAAGGAAGUGGCACUUUGCUUGAAGUCGUGAGGUGUUAGGGGACAGUUACAAAAUGCAAAAAAAAAAAAAAAAAAAAAGCUAUUAACAAUCUCAUAACAUUCCAUGUGAUAAUGUAUUAAAUUUAAUUAUGAUGAUCUGAUGUGAUGUUUAAAAGAAUGAGCGAAGAUGCAGUCAUGUGCUUAUUGUGAGUGCACUUCAAGCAAGGUGUUACCGAAAUCUGCUAAGGAAAGGAAGGAUUUUCAGACAACUAAUACACAGCCAAGCACAGAUCGGUAAAUGCUCCCUGUUUUUACUCUUUGCCUAUCAUUCCGUGACAGCCUUUCUAAUGUACUUUGGGCUCUUUUUAAUGUAUUUGUUCAUUUUUUGUGUGAGUGAAAGAGUCAGAAUGCAGUUAACUAAGAUGAGAUUAUGUGAAUGAAGCAAGGUUUGUGUGUGUGUGUGUGUGUGUGUCUGUCUGUCUGUCUGUCUGUCUGUCUGUCUGUCUGUCUGUCUGUGUCUGUGUCUGUGUCUGUGUCUGUGUGUCUAUACUACGCGCUUCUGUUGGCUUGAUAGUGUGCCUGCUGUCUGACAGACCCACCUUUUAGCACAUUAUCCCAAACUACUGUUGUAAUCAGGAUCGCCAACUGUGCCUUUCCACAUGUAGUCAAAGACACUCUUUGUAACGUUUCCUUUUUUUUAUUUCACACAAUAAGAGAAUUUUAAGCUUUCGACAUGUGCAAGCAAUAGUAUUACUCUUAUAGUGUAAGCCAUGUUACUUUGUUUUUGUAUGUGUAUACUCAUGAUAGCAUGACUUCCUGACAUUGACCUCUGUAUCAGAUGAUGAUAUAUGACAUGUUACCUCCCCUUCUUGGCCUACACUACCACGUAGUUUCCGUCUCAGUGUCGCCAUCAUCUCAUUCCACUUUGCUUGAGAUUACUGGUCUCUUGUUACUGUUCCCACAGCAGCGAUUCUCUGGCUGUUUAACAGGCUCGUUCCAAGGUGGGCCGCCACAUGACAGAAGCACCAUUGUAUUUGAAUAAUCCGAACUGCGAUGGUCAAAUACGUCUCACCUCCUGUGAACCCGAGCAGUAGAGAAGUUACUGUACACUUUAUGUUCUUCAUGUUUUUGUGCUCUUUUCUUUCCAUUUCAGUGUCGAGUUUGAGAAAAUUAUUUUUACUCAAGGUCCACUGACUUGCUUUCUUUGGGAGCUUUCAGCCACAUUUCAUGGUCUCAUGGAGAUGCUCAGCUGUCAUCACGUGACCUAAGCUUAGUUAUUAAAGGCUCUGCAUACGGCAUUCAGAGCAGCAUACUGCUAAUUGCAAGGUAAAGAUAUAGUGGAGUAACGCCCGGUCCACACACACACACACACACACACACACAAACACACACACACACACACACAGGAUGCACCGCAGCCUCGAGCUGACACAAUCUGUAGCGAUAGUUGCAGCGUCUGGUCCAUUUUUUCCCAGAGCCGCGUGCAAAUCUAGCAAGAAAACACAGUAAAUACUCUAUUAUGGGAGGUAUAAAGGAUAUAUUAGAUAUGAUAUAAAUGAUCUGAUCAUAAUUUAGGAUAAAAUAUGGAUCCAGUCCUUCCAUAAUGCUUGUUUGUUGCGUGGAAACAGAGAGAAAGAGAUAUUAUAUUAUUUGGUUAUAUUUAUUAUGGAAUUAAUGCAUUCAUUGCUUUAAUGUUGCAGCUCGCAAAGGCAGAGCCCACUUUAAAUACUUUAUGUACUGCUGGGUAGUUUAAUCUAUAAUAAUACAUCACACUUCAUUACGUGAUUUAUAUUUUGUAUUUAAAAUCUGAAUUCGCAAAGUAACUAGUAACAUAAGUCAUCAAAUAUAUGUAAUGGAUUAAAAAGUAAAAUAUUUCACUCUCAGAUGAAGUGGAGUAUAGAGUAUAGUAUGAAGUAUAAAGGAGCAUAACUUGGAAAUACUCAAGUUAACUACAAGUACUUCAAAGCUGUACGUAAGUACAGUGCUUAAAAAAAUAUACUAUACGUAAAUAUACUUUGUUCUUUCCACCAUUGGGUGUAAGUGUUAAGUCACAGUUAUCAAGAGAUUCUUUGUGCAGAGUCUUUAAAAUCAGCUUUCAAGUGAUCACAUUACUGAUCACUGAUUACAUGCACAGAUCAAACAAAAAAUCAUUUUAUCUUUGAUACUGUUUACUCAUUAAAAUUUACUCAAUGAUACAGUAUUAUUUUCAGCAAAAACGUAUGUAACAUCUUAUUUGUCUAAUAUGAUUAACAUCUCCAGUAGCAAUUAAUGUGAAAUUAGUGACAGUUAAAAAUAUUUACAGUAUAUUAAUGGGAUGAAAGGCUAGUGAACAUAAUUAAAAGGAACAUGAGCAGGACAUACAUUUUGUUGCUGGAAAAUGAAAAACAUCAGAGAAAACAAAUGAGAGGAAAAUAUAGUAUCACACCAAAGAAAUUCCAGCUUUAUUUGUGUUGUUUUCACCUCUGACAACAUAAGAAAAUGCAAACAGGCUGAAUGAACUCUGUUCUGUAUCAUUCAUGUGCAGCUCAGUCCAAAAGGUGCGUGCUGCUCUGGUUCUGUCCCCCAGCUGUGUGGGAUUCACUUUUAACCAACUUAUGAGACCUGUGGAGAAUAUUUAAUACGUAUAAGUAUAAUAAGUAUAUAAGUACAAGUGAAAGAUUUUUACUUUUAUCUUUCACUGAAGUCCAAAAUCUCACUUUUAACAGUUUGAUAAAUUUGGGCCCUGAUGCUGAUGAGCUGCUGAUGGUGUUGGUUAAGGCCGUGCUGUUUGAAAAAUGCAGUGUGAGGUCACGUGUUGACAUCUGAGCAAAACCGCAACCAGUGAUGAGGACUUGAGGAGAUGCAGUUGAAACUGCAGUACCCACGAUCAAGAAUGGACUUUAAACACUUUUAAGAAACAUUAUCAGAAGAAAACAAAUCAAAAGUCACCCAAAUUAAGGUGGGCUGAGUCAGUUAACGAAUUUAGUUACAAUCUUCCCUUCAGUCCCUCUGUUCAGUCCAGUGCCUGUGUUGAGACUUGACUCGUUUAUGAGUUCAACAUGACUGUAAUUAACACAUUUUCAUAACCGUCAGUGGGAUCAUGGUACAUGUUGCUAAAGUGAGCCUUCCCUUCAGUAGAGCUUCUGUGUUCUUGUGGAGCUCAAACAAUGUACCAUUGUGUCCACUGAGCGUGCAACACAGGAGAACAAGAUAUCCCCUCUGUCCUCGGAUAAGGGACACAAUCACCAGUCUGAAUGACCUUUACUCUGUUUUGGACUCUGAUGUCCUUGUGAUGGUUUGAUCAACUUUUUUUUGCCUCUCUUAUGUGAGGGAAAAUGUCUACAGUUAUUAUAGCUUUACAACUUUCUCAAGAUAGUUAAUAGGCUGUUAAAGGAGAGACAGACUUUCAUUAAAACAUCACGCAUUUGAGGGAGGUUCAAGCUAUAUCUGGCUCAACAUAAAGUCUUGUUCCCAUUUUGCACUCCAUCAUUCUACUUACUCACCACACUUUUCAUGUCAAUGAUGUUACUCUAACUCACUGCACAGAUCUGAUUGUCUUAAGUUGGUCACCCUUCAACUAGCUACAGGCCGUCCCUCUCUGAGCUUGAUGCACUAACCCAUAAAACCCUCUUAAAUCUGUGAAUGUACACCUCUCUUCGUCUUCCAGGUAAUUAUUAGUUUUCAUCUUUUUAUGUUCUGAAAUCGUGGCUAUCCUGUCUAUGCAAAGCAAUGCUUCAAAGAAGGGGUUUUUGAACCAAAGGUGAUAUUCGUGGCAGCUUGCGUCCAACACAAUCAUUGAACUGAAAAGUCACAACAGGAUAAAGUGCUGCUGCAACGACCUGUCAUAUGCAAAGUAUUUUAGACUUCCUUCCAAGAUACAGUAUACAAUGUAUGAUAGAAAUGUAAUAAUCUCAAAUGUAAAUACCUACCAAUAAAACUGUUACAAAUUA